GCCGCCUAGUGCCCGCAGCAGCCUGCAGAGCCGCGGAGGCAGCGCGAUGGUUGCGGCGCUGUUUGGCUGCUGGUUUCGCGUGGGCGGGGCCCGCUCCCGGGUGUCCGGCUCGGUCGUCCCGGUCGGUCGGACUGUGGUGCAGACCUCCAUGAGCCGGUCCCAGGUAGCCCUGCUGGGCCUGGGCCUGCUGCUCAUGCUGCUACUGUACGUGGGGCUGCCAGGCCCCCCCGAGCAGACGUCCUGGCUCUGGGGAGGCCCCAAUGUCACAAUCCUGGCUGGUCUCACCCCUGGCAACUCCCCCAUCUUUUACCGCGAGGUGCUCCCACUCCACCGGGCACGCAGGGUGGAGGUGGUGCUGCUCCAUGGAAAGGCCUUUAACUCCCACACGUGGGAGCAGCUGGGCACACUGCAGCUGCUGGCGCAGAGGGGCUACCGGGCCGUGGCCCUUGACCUCCCAGGUUUUGGGAACUCAGCACCUUCCAAGGAGGCAAGCACAGAGGCAGGGCGGGCAGAACUGCUGGAGCGAGCACUUCAAGACCUGGAGGUGCGGAAUGCCGUGUUGGUGAGCCCCUCUCUGAGUGGCCGCUAUGCCCUGCCCUUUUUGAUCCAAGGCCACCACCAGCUGCGUGGAUUCGUGCCCAUCGCACCCGCCUCCACCCAGAACUACACCCAGGAACAAUUCUGGGCCGUGAAGGUACUAGGAGGAGGGUUUCCAAAGACCCCGACUCUCAUCCUGUAUGGGGAGCUGGACCGCAUCCUGGCUCGGGAGUCACUGCGGCAGCUCCGCCACCUGCCCAACCACUCUGUGGUAAAGCUGCGUGACGCAGGCCAUGCCUGCUACCUCCACAAGCCUCAAGACUUCCACCUUGUCCUCCUUGCCUUCCUCGACCACCUGCCUUGAGGUCACCCACUGGCCAGGCCCAAGGCCUGGCCUGAGCUUGGAGAGUCUGGACCAGCGCCUCAUCAGGGAGGCAGCCCCUGGGAUUGGAGGGUGGAGGUCAGAGGGCCAGGCACAGUCAGGACCUCUCAUUUCAUCUCACAGGCACAAUAAAAAAAAAGCACUUUUGUCAUG